AUGCCAUCUACGCACAAAAAGGAAAAGCCGUGGGACACAGGCGACAUUGACAAGUGGAAGGUGGAAGCGUUCACGCCAAAGGACAACGUCGGUGGCACGUUCGCCGAGGAGUCGUCGUUUGCGACCCUGUUCCCCAAGUACCGCGAGGUGUACCUGAAGGAGGCGUGGCCGCUGGUGACCAAGUCGCUGGAGAAGCACGGCAUCGCCUGCACGCUCGACCUGGUGGAGGGCAGCAUGACGGUCAAGACCACGCGCAAGACGUUCGACCCGGCAGCGAUCCUGAACGCGCGCGACCUGAUCAAGCUGCUGGCACGCAGCGUGCCGGCCCCGCAGGCCGUCAAGAUCCUGGACGACGGCGUGGCGUGCGACAUCAUCAAGAUCCGCAACCUGGUCAACAGCAAGGAGCGCUUCGUCAAGCGCCGACAGCGCAUCCUGGGCCCCAACGGCUCGACCCUCAAGGCCCUCGAGCUCCUGACCCAGACCUACAUCCUCGUCCACGGCAACACCGUCUCGGCCAUGGGGCCCUACAAGGGCCUCAAGGAGAUACGCCGCAUCGUCGAGGACUGCAUGGCAAACAUCCACCCCAUCUACCACGUCAAGAAGCUCAUGAUCAAGCGGGAGCUCGCAAAGGACCCCGACCUCGCCAACGAGAGCUGGGAUCGCUUCCUCCCCGACUUCGGCAGGAAGACGCUCAGCCACCGCCGCAAGCCCCUCAAUGUCACGGACAAGUCCAAGAAGGUCUACACCCCCUUCCCCCCCGCCCCCGAGAAGAGCAAGCUCGACAUCGAGAUCGAGACCAGCCAGCACUUCCUCUCCAAGGGCGCAAAGGACAGGGCCGCCCAGAACGAGCGCAUGGAGAAGCAAAAGGUCAAGAAGGCCGACAAGGACAAGGAGCGCCAGGCAGAGUUUGUGCCCCCCGAGGAGGCUGGCGACAGGCCGUCCAAGAAGCGCAAGAAGUCGUCUGCCUAG